GCGAACUGUAAACUCAGCAGCGAGGAGGCAAAGAAUACAGGGAGGCAACGGCAAGUGAUAAGCAAAAAAACAAUCAUCGACCGGUCUGUCACAAGUCAGAAACCUGGUUGUACCAGAAAAAGUGGAGGAGGACCACAGCCCUCAGCACCCAACAUCUCACCAGGCACCAGCUCAGAAACUGGCAGCCUGUGAAUCUCAGAGGCUCAGUUAGAGGGAAGAUUAGACAUGGAGCUUGCACCCUUCGCUGUGAGCAUUCUAUGCUGAAACAACCAAAGGACUAUUCUGCGUGUAUUUGAACCAUGAAUUUAACAGAGCUACACUCACAUCAGGGAUGGCUGCAGAACCUCACUCCUGGUGACGAUGCAAUGCAUAAGAUGAAAAGAACAUCUGCUUUUUGUGAACAAGUCAGUGUAGCCAUUGAGAUUUUUCUAACUCUAGGCCUUAUGAGUCUGCUGGAAAAUAUUUUGGUCAUUGUUGUAAUUAUUAAGAAUAAGAACCUCCAUUCCCCAAUGUAUUUGUUUAUCUGCAGCCUAGCUGUUGCUGACAUGCUGGUAAGUGCUUCCAAUGCAUGGGAGACCAUUGUGAUCGCCUUAGUGAACAACAGGCAUUUGAUUGUUGAAGACAAUUUGGCCAAACAGGUGGACAAUGUCUUUGAUUCAUUGAUUUGCAUUUCUGUCGUGGCAUCCAUGUGCAGCCUCUUGGCCAUAGCUGUCGAUAGGUACAUCACCAUAUUCUAUGCUUUGCGUUACCAUCACAUCAUGACAGUAAAACGAGCUGCUUUUAUUAUUGCAGGUAUCUGGUUGUUCUGUACAGGCUGUGGUAUCAUCUUCAUCAUCUACUCUGAGAGCCCAUCUGUCGUCAUAUGUCUGGUCACCAUGUUCUUCAUUAUGUUGGUCCUCAUGGCCUCCCUCUACAGUCACAUGUUUCUCCUGGCUCGCUCGCAUGCAAAGCGAAUUUCUGCAUUGACGGGCUACAACUCAAUCCACCAGAGAGCAAGUAUGAAGGGGGCGAUCACGUUAACAAUCCUGCUCGGUAUUUUUAUCAUCUGUUGGGCUCCAUUCUUCCUGCACCUCAUCCUCAUGAUCUCUUGUCCCAGGAAUGUGUACUGUGUGUGUUUCAUGUCACACUUUAAUUUGUACCUGAUCCUCAUCAUGUGUAACUCAAUCAUUGACCCUCUUAUCUAUGCCUUCCGUAGCCAGGAAAUGCGGAAGACGUUCAUGGAGAUCAUCUGUUGCUACAAUUUAAGGGCAGCUUGUGUUGGAUUUUCUGACAGAUAA